AUGGCUAGUCCCAACGUUCUUACCUUUGAUGUUGAGGGUCGAGCGGUAGACUUUGAGGUCUGGAUAGAUGAUCUGCAGCUUUUCCUGCAGUGCGAUAGCAAACACGACCUCUCACUUUUCAAUCUCACGUCUGGCGCCUCUACUGCCCCUGCUGCCGAUGCUGACAGUACUGUUCGCUUACAGUGGACCACACGUGAUGCUGCUGCUCGUCUUGCUGUGCGUAGUCACCUGCCGUCCACUGAGCGCACGCAUUUUAGCCAGUACAAGACUGUUAAGACCUUGUACGACGCUGUAGUUGCACACUACUCCUCCCCUGCCACUGCUGCCCUUAGUCGCCUCAUGUUGCCGUACCUGUUCCCUGACCUCGCCGCGUUUGCCAUAGUCGCUGACCUCAUUACGCACCUCCGCACUAGUGACACCCGCUACCGCGCUGCGCUUCCUGCUGAGUUCUGCGCCAAGAACCCCCCCCCUACGUACAUCACCCUCUACUACCUAGUCACCCGACUCCCUGACUCCCUUCGCUCGGUCAGGGACCACUUCCUCUCUGUUUGCCCCACCACACUCACCGUUGACCUCCUUGAGGAGCGCCUCCUUGCAGCCGAGAAGAGUAUAGUCGCUGUAGGAGCCUCUCGUGGUGACCCUCGUGCCCCUUUCUUUGAGGGGUGUUCCCCCGUCCCCCUCUUGCCCUCUGUUGCCUGUGCUGCUGCUGUCGACCUCGUUGGCACCGAGUCGGUCGGCGCGACGUCUGCCCCUAGCGGGAGGCGCCGCAACGGCAAGGGCAAGGGGGGCAAGUCGGGUAUGUUUGAUCUUGACUAUGAUGCUAUUCUUGCUGCGAUGUAUGUUGUGUCUUCUAGUGAGGAGGGUGACUGUUGCCUGUGUGUUCUGCCUGACCCGGGCAUUGCAGCUGCUGCUCUAGGUGCUCGCGAGUCUGCUGCUCCAGGUCUUUACCUCCCCUCGUUCUCUACGAACUUGGUGAGUGGUGCUGACAUGCAGGAUGGGGGGGUUGACCAGUUCACUCCUGCGAGUCAGCGGGUGACCUAUUGCACGUGUGCUCGGGCUGUCAGCAGGUGA